GAAAGUGCAUUCUGCUUACUUAAAAUAACAACUUGUCAUUUCCUGCAUUGCAUUUCAAGAAUGUUAAAAGACCUCAAAUGAACUGAGCUGAGAACAAGGUUAAACUCGGAAAGACUUGCAUGCAACUGAGUUGAAAACAAGAUUAAACAUUCAGAUCUAGGAUUCUGAUUUCACUGUGUGUCAGCUCUGAGGGUUUACUGCCAGAAAAAGUAAGUAUUUUAUAAGGCAAAAUGAAUCUCAAAGAAUAUUUCUCAAGAAUCCAUUUUGUUGGUUCUUAUGAUACAGCUGAUCUUACGACCCUAAAUCAAAUUCACGAGCAACAUGUUAAGCAUAUACCUUUUGAGAAUCUAAGUAUUCACUCUGGAGAGAAGAUAGUCACUAACAUAGAAGCAUGUUUCAACAAACUAAUAAAGAAAAAACGUGGUGGUUGGUGUUCUGAAAACAAUAGUGUUUUAGCUUGGGUGCUGAAAAAGCUAGGAUAUGACAUUACACUUCUUGGGGCAUGUGUUUAUGAUACUAGACAAAAGGCUUAUCCUACUAUGAAGACACAUAUUAUAAUUAAGGUAGUCAUAGAUGGAAAUACCUAUAUUGCAGAUGUAGGUUUUGGUUUCUCCAAACAAAUAAGGCAGCCACUGGCGAUGAUAUCUGGAAAGGACCAGCCUCAGAUCCCUGGUAUAUUUCGUCUAACUGAAGAAAAUGGAUUCUGGUGUGUGGACAAAAUAAGCAGAAAGAACCACCCCGAGCAGAGUUAUCAUGACCCUUCUCUUCUUGAAAAAAGCAAUGUUGUUAAAAUGUAUGGUUUUACUCUGGAACCAUUCAGCAUUGAAAAAUUUGAUUCAUGCCUCAGUUACUUGCAGGAGUCUCCAGAGUCAUUGUUCACAAACAAGUCCAUAUGUAGUCUACAGACAACUGACGGACUCAGAACUUUGGUUGGGUGGACCUAUGGCGAGAUAACAUAUAAAUACAAAGAAGACAUGGACUUGGUUAUUUUCAAAACCCUUACUAAUGAAGAAGUAGAAAAUACACUGAAAGAAAAAUUUGGCAUUACAUUAGAAAACAAAUUGGUCCCAGUCAAUAAUGCUAUAUACUUUACAGUUUAAAUAACAAGAUAGCUAUUUACAAAUUGUAAACAUUCAGAAUGAUUAAAUGCUAUGCUGUACUAAAGAGUGUUACUUUUGCACUAUGCUAAUGUCUGCUCUAUUAAUCUACAUUUUCAUUGUUUAAUGUAUAAGGUUAUAGGUGUGAGAGAGCCACCUGCUUCAGUCUGCUUAAUUUAAAUACCUCUCUAACUGCCACUUUUCAGUGAAUUUCCACUCCUCAGCCUGAUUUUCAUGCCUUUAUUCAGUGAGUCAGCGAUAAUUACUGCUUAACUCCUCUAUGACAAAAACAAUGCUUUUUGGUAUUAGGCAAAAGCUCACUUCUAUUUUCAGACUUCUACAAAUUAUUGAUCAUCUGAAUAACACUAUUGAAAAUGUCACUUCAUUCCAGUAUCUAGGGAUUUGGUUGGACCCCCACUUAAGCUUCCAUCUCCACCUGGACUACUCACACACAAAAAUCAACUCUCCUAUGCUGGGCAUAUACAAUCUCCUCUUUUCUAUCCAGACCCUGUAAGAAUGCUAUAGGUAAUGGUAUCUUACUUGCACAACUGGAAUAUGGUCUCCCUGUAAUUGCUGCAGCCUC